UUUGUGUUGUAUAGUGAUGAAGUGUACUGUGAUGGUGUUUUGGACCCUUUUGUGGCUACUGUAUAGUCCAAUGUCAUCCCCUCUACGAACCCCGAUGGCAGGAAACCAGAUCACUUCCUUUAUUUUCAUCAGCUUUGUUUUGGGACAAGCUCAUUCAGCUGAUAAUAUCUCCUCUGAAGUGAUGCCUCAGACAGUAACACCUCUGACAGGCUCUUGUGUGCAGAUUCCUUGCACAUUCACCUUCUCAAAUUUUCACAUAAAGAUUACUGGAGAACUCAAUGUGCGGAACUGCACCACUGUCUUCUAUAACGUCACAAUGAAUCAUUCAGACCGCUAUUACUUCAGACUGGAAAUGGUGGCAGGUGUGUUCAGACCAACAUUUAACCCCAAUACAGCUAAUUCAUCUGAUUCAAGCAAGACUGUGAAGAUCAUUGUCAGAGCCUCACCCCAACCUCCUGAACUUAAACUCAAUAAGCCACAGUAUAUGAUGGAGGAAAGUACAGUCAAUCUGAGCUGUUCUGCAGAAACCCCCUGCCCCACACAACCUCCUACAAUAUCCUGGUCUAACAUCCCUGAAUCUGCUCGCAUUACAACACAGUUACAGGACAAACCUGAUAAAACCCAGUCAGUGUUUUCAUACAUGACCUUCAAAGCUUCAUACAAAGAUCACAAAAAGAACAUCAUCUGCACUGCUACAUAUCCAAGAAAUACGCCUUAUGACUCAACUGUGGAAGGCAACAUCACGCUACAAGUCCUGUUUCCUCCAAAAGAAACUCACAUCAUCAUUACUCCAUCUGUUGGCACUAAUGUGACUUUGACCUGCAAAACCAAAGCCAGUCCAUCAAAUGAGUUGAACUACACCUGGUACAAACGUGGAGAGGAGACGCCUAUAGCUUGGAGGAAGAAGAUUAAUUUAAACAGAACUCAAACAGCAUCAUACUACUGCACUGCACAAAAUAAACAUAGGAAAACACCUUUCGUCAGAAGAUGUCCAGCUCACAGAUGA